GGUGGAAAAGUUGAAAAAAAGAGAAAAAAAUCUUGGAAGCUUAAUGCACACACAAACACCCAUAGAACAGGAGAUUUUGUUGUUGAUUUGUUUAAAGUACAAUUUUCUUGUAGGGUCAUCUCCUCUAGCUUAUAAGAUGCUCUAGAGCAUAGGAUGAAAUUGCCAGCUAUCUUUUUCAUACAGAAACUUAUUUUGCUUAUAGCAUGACUAUUGUCAGCUUUCUUUUCGGACUGAAACUUGUUUUGUUGAAGGGUUAGGUGGUCCCAAUCUUAACUCAAAGAUUGGCUUCUUUGUGCACUUGCAACAUAACAAAAAUGUUGGUUUCUUUAGAAGUUUGAGUUUUGAUUUUUCAAGUUUUGUGUUUAUAUUUUAAAAAAAGUUGGAUUAUUUGAGAGACAGGAGAGUAUGUCUGGGAAUUUUGGAUCAAAAUGUUAUGGGAAUCUGAGAUUAACGGCCGUACUUUUGGUUGGUUUACUUGUUUUAGCUUCUGUUAUUGCUUCAGCAGAAGCGAGUUUGAAACAAGAAACUCGAAGACAUGAUGAAGAUGAAGAAGCUGAGGAAAAUCAAGACCCGAAACCACCUUCUCCGAAAACUCGGUCAGGUUACAAACAUGUUUGGCCCCACAUGGAAUUUGGGUGGAGAAUUGUGAUGGGCAGCAUAAUUGCAUUCCUCGGAGCAGCUUGUGGGAGUGUAGGAGGUGUUGGUGGAGGCGGCAUAUUUGUUCCUAUGCUUGCCUUGAUCAUUGGAUUCGAUGCAAAAUCAUCGACAGCACUCUCAAAAUGUAUGAUCACAGGUGCAGCAGGAGCUACGGUUUUCUACAAUCUAAGGCAAAGACAUCCAACACUUGAUCAACCUGUCAUUGAUUAUGACCUUGCACUUUUAUUUCAACCAAUGUUGGUGCUUGGAAUCAGUUUUGGAGUAGCUUUCAAUGUGAUUUUUGCCGAUUGGAUGAUCACAAUUUUGCUAAUUAUUUUGUUCGUAGUUAUGUCUACUAGGUCAUUCUUGAAAGGAAUUGAAACCUGGAAAAAGGAAACCAAAUCGAAAAAGGAGGCUUCUAAAAGCUUAGAGUUAAAGGAUAUUGAAAAUCAAGUUGAAGAAUCCAAAUGCGAGUCCGAGUCAGUAAGCAACACAACUCCAAAAGAAACCAAGGAAACUAAAAGAUCUAAGUUUUCUGUUCUCGAUAACAUUUACUGGAAGGAACUUGGACUUCUUGUUGGUGUUUGGGUUAUAAUCCUCGCACUGCAAAUUGCUAAGAACUACGCAACCACCUGUUCUAUGUUGUACUGGAUCUUAAACAUCUUACAACUGCCAGUAGCCGGUGGAGUUAGCAUUUACGAGGCGGUUAGCUUGUACAAAGGGCGGCGAAGGAUUGCAUCGAAGGGAAACGUGAGCAUGAACUGGCGAGCAUAUAAAUUGGUUUUUUAUUGUGCUUGUGGUAUAAUGGCUGGUAUAGUUGGUGGACUGCUUGGUCUUGGUGGAGGAUUCAUAUUAGGCCCUCUAUUUCUAGAGCUUGGAAUCCCUCCACAGGUGUCAAGUGCAACAAGCACCUUCGCCAUGGUAUUUUCUGCAUCAAUGUCUGUUGUAGAGUAUUACUUGCUAAAACGUUUUCCCGUCCCUUACGCUCUCUACUUCUUCUGCGUGACGAUCAUUGCUGCGUUAGUAGGUCAACAUGUCAUGAAAAAGGUGAUAGAUGUAAUAGGCAGAGCAUCUUUAAUCAUCUUCACUCUAUCCAUCACUAUCUUUGUGAGCGCAUUAUCACUAGGUGGAGUAGGCUUGGUGAAAAUGAUUAAAAGGAUUCAGCACAAGGAGUAUAUGGGGUUUGACAGUCUUUGUUCAUAUUCUUAGCACUCACUAAUUGUGUGGGCAACAAGAGGAAUUCUUGCAAAGAACAAACAACCUAUCACCACUCGUGAACUGACAUCUAAUAUAUGAUAUCUCAGAGUAAGUGCUAAAAGUCAAUCAUUUUGGUUAAGUAAACAAUUGUUGUAUUAUGUUUGAAAUUAAUAAAUGAGCAAUGCUAUGCAUACCUUCUUUUGAGGAUAAA